ACUUUGCAAUAUUAAGAAAUUACAAAAUUAUAAAAAAUGAAUCGAUUAAAAAAAUUAAUAAACAGCAAGGAAACUCGUGAUUAUUUUAUGAGCACACAUUUUUGGGGUCCAGCUGCUAAUUGGUUAAUUCCAAUCGCCGCUAUAUCUGAUAUUAAAAAAGAUCCUAAAUUUAUUAGUGGGAAGAUGACUUUUGCUUUGUGUCUAUAUUCAAUGAUGUUCAUGAGAUUCGCAAUCAAAGUUCAACCACGUAACCUUCUACUUUUUGCUUGUCACUUUACUAACGAGGGUGCACAACUAACGCAAGCAUACAGAUAUAUAGAGUACAGUCGCUCGAAUAAAAAAGAUAAAAAUUAAUGUAAUAGUUGCAAUAUAUCUGUUGUUAAAGAAUUAACAGAAAAUCGCUGCAUUGAAGACUAAUACAGCGAAACCAUGUAACAGAAAAUGC